CUCCGCUCCUCCGGGUUUGCCGAGCGCCCCCCGCGCCACCGAGCCCGAAAGCUGGGGCGUGCAGGCGGCUGGAGGCUGGGCUGGUGGUCCGACGGUGCCGGGCGCACGGGAGCGGGCGGCGUCGGCGCGAGGACAAAGGGCAGCGGGGCGCGAGAGGACUCCGUCGUGCCGUUUGAAGAUGGGAAACUCCUACGCCGGGCAGCUGAAGUCGACGCGGUUCGAGGAGGUCCUGCACAGCUCCAUCGAGGCCUCGCUGCGCUCCAACAGCCUGGUGCCGCGGCCCGUCUUCUCCCAGCUGUACCUGGAGGCCGAGCAGCAGCUCUCCGCCCUCGAAGGCAGUAGCCGCAUUGACAAUGAGGAGGAGGAAGAAGAGGGGGAAGGAGGGCUGGAGCCCAGCUGUCCCCCAAACCCCUACCAGACGCACCUGCCGCCGGAAGGAUGCUGUACCGUGGACGGCUUCUGCCAGGCGGGGAAGGACCUGCGCCUCGUCUCCAUCUCCAACGAGCCCAUCGACGUCCCCGCAGGCUUCCUGCUGGUGGGGGCCAAGGCCCCCGGCCUGCCGGACCACCUCCUGGUGUGUGCCGUUGACAAGAGGUUCUUGCCGGAUGACAGCGGGCACAACGCGCUUCUUGGAUUCUCUGGGAAUUGUGUUGGCUGCGGAAAGAAAGGCUUCUGCUACUUCACGGAAUUCUCCAAUCACAUAAAUCUUAAGCUGACCACUCAGCCCAAGAAGCAGAAGCACUUGAAGUAUUACCUGGUCCGCAACGCCCAGGGGGCUCUUACCAAAGGGCCUCUCAUUUGCUGGAAGGGCUCAGAGUUCAGAGGCCGGCCGACCACCGCCGGCCUGUGCUCCAGUUCCCUCUUCCCGCCGCUGGACAUCUCCGGGCCCCUGGCUGCCUUCUCCGGGGACCCCACUCCUGGAACGAGCCCCAGCAUCCCCACGGGGGCGCAGCCUGCAGGACCGGCCUCUGGUCACCCCCCACUCACCAUAGCCACCAGCCCAGCUGUCUUCAACGGCAAAGACUCCCCGAAGCACCAGCAGCUGGUGAAGAACAAGCUGUUGGCUGUGACGCGGCCCUCGGCACUAGGUAUCUUGUCCAACUCCGGGCCCCCCAAAAAGCGCCACAAAGGGUGGUCUCCAGAAUCCCCAUCAGCUACAGAAGGUGGCUACCCCCAGGGUGGUCGGAGCAGAGCUAAGUAUGAGAAUGCGGUCAUGUCCUGCGUGCCCCAGGCCAGCUUGGCGGGACCAGCUUCAGUCACCUUUCCCGUGGUGGCCUCCGGAGAACCGGUGUCUGUCCCCGACAACUUGCUGAAAAUAUGCAAGGCCAAGCCAGUGAUAUUUAAAGGCCACGGGAACUUCCCUUACCUGUGUGGGAACCUGAAUGACGUCGUGGUAAGCCCGCUCCUGCACACCUGCUACCAGAGCUCCCAGUCCCUGUCUCGGUUGCACGAGCAGUACGGGGCCCCCACCCCGCAGCCCAUCUCGGAGGAGAUGCAGCUCCUGCUCACCGUGUACUACCUGGUCCAGCUGGCGGCCGACCAGGUGCCCCUGAUGGAGGACCUGGAGCAGAUCUUCCUGCGCUCCUGGCGUGAGUCGUACCUGAUGGAGAUCCGGCAGUACCAGCAGGCGGCGCCGCAGCCCUUCCCACCCACGCCCAGUGCCGUGGCGCCGGUCUCCUCUGCACAGCUGCCCUGGCUGGCCGGCCUGGCCGCCAGCUCCUGCAAUGACAGUGUGCACGUCAUCGAGUGCGCCUACUCCCUGGCGGAGGGGCUCUCUGAGAUGUUCCGGCUGCUCAUCGAGGGCAAGCUGGCCAAGACCAACUACGUGGUGAUCAUCUGCGCCUGCCGGAACUCGGCCAUCGACUCCUGCAUCGCCGUCACCGGGAAACACCAAGCCCGCAUUCUCUCCGAGAGCCUCCUCAGCCCCGCGGAGUACCAGAAGGAGGUCACUUAUGAGCUGGUUACGGGCAGAGUGGACUCCUUGGGGGCCUUUUUCAGCACCCUCUGUCCAGAGGGCGACAUUGACAUUUUGCUGGACAAAUUUCAUCAGGAAAGUCAAGGCCACAUUUCUUCUUCACUCACUGCCGCCUCUGUCACCAAAUCAGCGUCCCUGGAUGUCGGCGGGGCCCCAGCUUGCACAAGUUACAGCCUGGAGCCACCCCACAUCCGGCCCUUCCAGCUGGCCGUGGCCCAGAAGCUGCUCUCCCACGUGUGCUCAAUCGCCGAUUCCAGCACCCAGAAUCUGGACUUAGGAUCCUUCGAGAAGGUGGACUUCCUGAUUUGCAUCCCGCCCUCAGAAGUGACCUACCAGCAGAUGCUGUUCCAUGUCUGGCAUUCGGGGGUUCUGCUGGAGCUGGGCUUGGAAAAGGAGUGCGUGAGCAAGCAGCAGGUGGAGCAGCACGUGCUGAAGCUCGAUGCCAACGCGCAGACCAAAUUCAAGUCCUUCCUGCAAAACUCCUUCCAGAACCCGCACACGCUCUUCAUCCUCAUCCACGACCACGCCCACUGGGAUCUCGUGAGCAGCGCCGUCCAUAACCUCUGCUCCCAGAGCGGCCCGUCUGCGGGAUGGGUGGACCGACUGCUCAACUGCAGGGAGGUGAAGGAGGCCCCCAACAUCGUGACCCUGCACGUGACCUCUUUCCCUUACGCGCUGCAGACACAGCACACCCUCAUCAGCCCCUACAACGAGAUCCACUGGCCGGCUUCCCACAGUGACGGUAUGGACUUGUAUCCCGAGAGUAAGAAGUACUUCGGGCUGUCAGAGUUCAUCGAGUCGACCCUUUCGGGACACAGCCUCCCCUUGCUCAGAUAUGACAGUUCCUUCGAGGCCAUGGUCACCGCGUUGGGUAAAAGGUUCCCGCACCUGCACAGUGCCGUCAUCAGGACCUUCGUCCUGGUGCAGCACUACGCGGCCGCCAUGAUGGCGGUGAGCGGCCUCUCGCAGAUGAAGAGCUACACCUCGGUGGAGACGCUGGAGAUCACCCAGAACCUCCUCAACGCACCCAAGCAGUGCCCCUGUGGCCACGGGCUCAUGGUCCUGCUGCGGGUACCCUGCUCGCCGCUGGCGGCCCUGGCCUACGAGCGCCUGGCCCACGUGAGGGCGCGGCUGGCGCUGGAGCAGCACUUCGAGAUCAUCCUGGGCAACCCCAGCUCUGGCCUCACCGUCGGGAAGCACUUUGUGAAGCAGCUCAAGCAGAUGUGGCAGAAUAUUGAGGAUGCGGAGUGGAGACCUCAGACUUACUUGGAGUUGGAGGGCCUGCCUUGCAUCCUAAUCUUCAGUGGGAUGGACCCACACGGGGAAUCCUUACCGAGGUCUCUGCGGUACUGUGACCUGCGUCUGAUCAACUCGUCCUGCCUGGUGAGGACAGCGCUGGAGCAGGAGCUGGGCCUGGCCGCGUACUUCGUGAGCAGUGAGGGGUCCCCAGAGAAGGGGCCCCGGAGCGAGGGCGUGGAGAGCGACGCAGAGAAGCUGAGCGGCACAGACAACGAGGACGAGGAGCUGGUGACGGAAGGCUGCCCCUCGGAGAAGAGGAGCCCCGUGAAGAGGGAGCGGUCCUGCUCCCACGACUCGGCAUCCUCGGGCCUCUCUUCCAAGGCGUCCGGCUCAGCACUUGGUGACGAGACCUCGGCUCAGCCUGGGGGGCCCUGGCAGGGGGAGCGGGCCUGGUCCCCACAGCCCUGCGGCCCUUCAGAGGAGGGCAGGGCCCCUGGUGACAAACAGAGGCUCCGAGCCAGUCAGGGGCCCCCAUCAGGUGUGAGCAGGCACAGCCCCGGGCCGGCCCCCCAGCCUGACUCCGGCCUCAAGACCAGCCAGAGGGAUGUCCAGGUGCAGACCACCUCAUCGUCCCAGCUCUCCUUUUUGGGCUCGUCUUCCUCAUCCGCUGCACCUGCCGCCAGCACCCCGGCCCCGCAGGCCCCCCGGUGCUCCAUGGCCAAGGCCUGCCGGCAGCCGCCGGUCGUCUUCCUGCCCAAGCUGGUGUACGACAUGGUCACGGCCACGGACAGCGGCGGCCUGCCCAAGGCCACCUCGCUGCUGCCCUCCCACUCGGUCAUGUGGGCCAGCUCCUUCCGCCCCCCGCUCAGCAAGACCAUGACCUCCACGGAGCAGUCCCUGUACUACCGGCAGUGGACGGUGCCACGGCCCAGCCACAUGGACUACGGCAGCCGUGCCGAGGGCCGCGUGGACGGCUUCCACCCUCGCCGGCUGCUGCUCAGUGGGCCCCCGCAGAUCGGGAAGACAGGUGCCUACCUGCAGUUCCUCAGCAUCUUGUCUCGGAUGCUCGUCCGGCUCACGGAGGUGGAUGUUUACGACGAAGAAGAGAUCAAUAUCAUACGACCUGGUGAUUCCUGUUCUGCAGGGUGCUGCGGACACUGUGUGAUGUUACAUACACGCAGCACUGAGCUCCUCCAAAUACACGACCUCCAGGAAGAGCCCGACUGGCGUUACCUCCAGCUUGGUGACCCCUGGCCAGACCUGGAACUCUUCAAGAAGCUGCCUUUCGACUACAUUAUUCACGACCCCAAGUACGAAGACGCCAGCCUCAUCUGUUCUCACCAUCAGAGCGUGAAGGUCGAAGACAGGGGGGCGCCCCGGAGGCCGGAAGACCUGUACGUGCGGCGUCACACGGCGCGCAUGCGGCUGUCCAAGUACGCGGCCUACAACACGUACCACCACUGCGAGCAGUGCCGCCAGUACCUGGGCUUCCACCCCUGCUACCAGCUCUAUGAGUCCACCCUGCACGCCUUUGCCUUCUCUUACUCCAUGCUAGGAGAGGAGGUCCAACUGCACUUCAUCAUCCCCAAGUCCAAGGAGCACCACUUUGUCUUCAGCCAAACUGGAGGCCAGCUGGAGAGCAUGCGGCUGCCCCUCGUCACAGACAAGAGUCAGGAAUACAUAAAAAGUCCGACCUUCACCCCGACCACCGGCCGCCACGAGCACGGGCUCUUCAACCUGUACCACGCGAUGGACGGGGCCAGCCACCUGCACGUGCUGGUCGUCAAGGAGUACGAGAUGCCCGUGUACAAGAAGUACUGGCCCAACCACAUCAUGCUGGUGCUCCCCAGCGUCUUCAACAGCGCCGGCGUGGGCGCCGCCCACUUCCUGAUCAAGGAGCUGUCCUACCACAACCUGGAGCUGGAGCGGACCCGGCAGGAGGAGCUUGGCAUCAAGCCGCAGGACAUCUGGCCCUUCAUCGUGAUAUCUGACGACUCCUGCGUGAUGUGGAACGUAGUGGAUGUCGACGGGGGCGGGGAGAGGAGCAGAGAGUUCUCCUGGUCAGAGAGGAACGUCUCUUUGAAGUACAUCAUGCAGCACAUUGAGGCGGCCCCCAACAUCACCCACUACGCCCUGAUCGGCAUGCGGAAGUGGUCUAGCAAGACCGGGAGCCGAGAGGUGCACGAGCCCUUCUCCCGCUGCCACGUGCAUGACUUCAUCAUUCUGAACGUGGACCUGACCCAGAACGUCCAGUACAACCAGAACCGGUUCCUGUGUGACGAUGUGGACUUCAACCUGCGGGUGCACAGCGCCGGCCUGCUGCUCUGCCGGUUCAACCGCUUCAGCGUGAUGAAGAAGCAGAUUGUGGUGGGCGGGCACCGGUCCUUCCACAUCACCUCCAAGGCCCCAGACUGCCCCGCGGCCGUGGCGCCUGCGCAGUACGUCUGCGCCCCGGACAGCAAGCACGCGCUCCUGGCGGCGCCCGCGCAGCUGCUGCUGGAGAAGUUCCUGCAGCAGCACAGCCGCCGCUUCUUCCCGCUGUCCCUGCAGAACCGCGGCCACCCUGUGCUCUCCGUUGACUGCUAUUUGAACCUGGGGCCUCAGAUUUCUGUGUGCUACGUGAGCUCCAGGCCCCACUCCUUGAACAUCAGCUGCUCCGACUUCAGGUUCAGCGGACUCCUGCUCUACCUCUGCGACUCCUUCGUGGGCGCAAGCUUCUUGAAAAAGUUUCAUUUUCUGAAAGGUGCGACCUUGUGCGUGAUCUGUCAGGACCGGAACUCACUCCGCCAGACGGUGGUGCGCCUGGAGCUGGAGGACCAGUGGCAGUUCCGGCUGCGUGAUGAAUUCCAGACGGCCAACGCCAAGGAAGACCGGCCGCUCUUUUUUCUGACGGGGCGGCACAUCUGAGGCACGGGCACACCUUGGCAGAUUUUCAGGAAGAGUGGAGCCUUAGGAACCUCGUGCUGUUGGGCUUCAAGGAAGCAUUAGAAGCGUGGGGUGCUGGGACUGCGACGGGGCCCAGAAC